AUGGCUUUUGAAGGGACCUGGCUGUAUAACCGAUCAGAAAAUCUUGAUGCCUUCAUGGAGAAACUUGGUGCUUCUGAGGAGGCUCGCGCUUUAAUAAGAAAAGCAAAACCUAAGCUGGAAUUUGAAAAAACCGAGGACGGAGCGGGUACAAUCAAGAUGAUAGGUGAGAAGAAAACAAUCGUUAUAAACGCCAAACGAAACGAAGAAUACGAUUCACCGACUGGCGUCAUGACUGACAAAACCAGAAAAGUAAGAACAGAGAAGAUCUCGGAUACCAAGUUCGUCACAAAGGGCACCGGUGACCAGUCCCAGUUAAUAAAUCGAGUCGUCGAAACACGCGAAAUCAUCGACGGUGAGUUGCUGACCACAUACGAAGUUGACGGUGUCACUUGUAAGCGAUAUUUUAAAAGAGCAUAG